UAAAUGAUCACCACCCUCGCUUUGUUAUUAAAUCACCAAAUUCCAACCUCCAUAGCCACAUAUCACGAUUUUCUCUCUCUAGAUUUCGGAUUUUCCAGAGAGAAAUCCCUCUCUAGGUAUUGGGAGUUUUAGAGAGAGAGGCGAUGGAGGUAGAGAGUGUGAGCGUGUUCCGAGGACUGAGAUCCUUCUGGGCGAGAAAAGGAGGGUAUGUGCGCCUCAAUGGAUCGGGAAGGAGGAAGAACCGGGUCGAGCUUGCUCGGCUCGGUUCCAACCGUCGACGGCGGUUCUGGCGGAUCAAGCCUAAGUUCCGCUUCUUCAGAAUACCUUCUCCAAAGAAGUUCUUUAUAUGGCUGCGCGACGCGUACGUGAAGAUGAUGCUGGGGUUCGCCAAUUCGAGAGUUAUGAGCAGCGGCUACAGCGCGUCUUGGGCGAUGGCAUUGGCGGCUUUGGGCAGCGACCGCUAA